GAUCGAGCCUAAAGACUCCUCGCCCCAAAUUAUAAACGGUGAAGACUUGGUUAAAUUUAUUCCUAAUUUGUAUCGUUUAUUAGAAUUAUACAAAGACUAUGGUUCGAAUGGUUUUGGAUUUCUAAAGGAACCAUGCGACGAUAUGGUUCCAUUAUGUUUUAAGUCCAUUUCUGAAAUCAAUUAUACAAAAUUGAACUCUACUUCUGUUCGCCUUAUUGAUGUUACGGAAAUCCCUUCUAUCGACAACUCAAAUAAACCUUUUUUACGUCCUGGUAUUUACUUACUGGUUGUGAAUCCAGAUUUUGGUUUAGUUAUUCAUUGGCCCGAAGUAGGAUGUUACGACGGAAAUGCUCCUUCACAAUGUAAAAAGAAUAUGAUUAACCUACAUAAGUGUGAUCUACUUG